UUGGGGCGCGCGCGCGCGCGGAUCCUAGCUCCUUUCCUUACCAGACUGCCAUGGAGAAGCUGACGCUUCCUCCCCGCGGCGCGGCAGCGGUGGACGAGUACCUGGAGUAUCGGAGAAUUGUUGGAGAAGAUGAUGGAGGAAAGCUUUUUACACCUGAAGAAUAUGAGGAAUACAAAAGAAAAAUUUUACCUAUCCGCUUACAGAACAGGUUAUUUGUGAGCUGGCGGUCUCCAACAGGAAUUGAUUGCAAGCUUGUUGGCCCAGAGACACUGUGUUUUUGUACACAUAGAUAUAAACAACAUAAAACUGACUUUGAAACGAUUCCACAGCAGCGCCCCAUUGCCCUGCCAUGCCGAGUGAGUGGCUGCCCAUGCAGGGCUUACCAUUACGUCCCUCUGAAUGGUACCCAACCGAUUCGCUGCAGGUGCAAACACUUUGCAGACCAGCAUAGUGCUGCACCUGGUUUUGCAUGUAACACAUGUUCCAAGUGUUCAGGAUUCCAUAGCUGCUUCACUUGUGCUUGUGGUCAGCCGGCAUAUGCUCAUGAUACAGUGGUGGAAACAAAGCAGGAAAGAUCAGCCCAGGGAAAACCAGUGGGACAGGAUGUUCCUUAUGCAGCCAUGGGAGGGUUAACUGGUUUCAGCUCAUUGGCAGAGGGCUACAUGCGGCUGGAUGACAGUGGCAUCGGCACACCUUCAGCUGAACUUUUAGACUCUCCGGUGACAUCCAUGGACCACCCAUUUCUAACAGCAUUUCAAGCUUCAUCUGCUUCUCCAAAAACACCAACAGCAGGUACAAGUAGCCAAGUUUCUUCCUUAAGGAGGCCAGAAGAGGAUGAUAUGGCUUUCUUUGAAAGACGAUACCAGGAAAGGAUAAAAAUGGAAAAGGCUGCUAAGAACAAAGGAAAAGCUCCGUUGCCAUCAACUACAAAACCUUCAUGAAGUCUGGACAAUUAAAGCCAUCAUCCAAAUAUUACCUUUUUCAUGAUUAUUUAAAUAUAAUAAUAGAGUUUAUUUUCUCUGUUACUUUUUA